GCUGUCAACUGAAAUCAUAUUGGGAAUCAGUGGCUGUCAACACACAUUAACAUAGUCUGAACUUUGUUUUGAUGGUGUGCCAUUUCUAUUGAAGACGAACAAAAAAAAACUAUAGCAAUAGCACUGCGUAAAUAUUGUUCCAAUAAAAAAUAAAUACCCAAAAGCUGUAAAACAGGCAUCUGAAUCGACAACUCGAUAACACAUUAUUGUCGAAUCAACGGUACGGACCAGACGUGCAAAAUUAUGACAAUCACUAUUUUCUUAAUAUUUGUCAAGUGAACAUUUAGAACAUUGUGUAACAAUUAAAAGUUCGAUUUCGGUUUCCAAUCCGUCCAAUUUGAAUCGGAUAUUCUUUGUUCGGAUGGGUGGCCAAAAUGCAAUUUUCUAACAUCAAUGCGAUAUUUGAGCAGUGUCAAUUUGAGCAAAAAUUCUUUUGAACAUUGUAAACAAUUGCAUACGAUAUAAACAUCCGGUGAAUAAAUAAUCAAAAGUAAUAAAAUGUUGUGAAUGCAGCGAAGCGAUGUAAAAAAAAGCGAGCGAGAAUAUAGUUACAUUGAUCCAGCGUUGGGGGCGCAUACAAAGUAGAAACACUAUCAUAAAUUAUACCAUUUCGGUUUCAAGCAACGACUUAUUUUAUCGUUGAUGCCCAGUUUCGCAUUGGUGUCACACUAAAAUCUAAAUAUAAAUACCAGUCGAUCGAGAAAGAGUGCAAGAGAAAAAAAAGAAACAUUUUUCGUUGAUCACAACAGACACAAAAAAAGUAGCUUUUUGUUUGAAUUGCUUUUUAAGUGAGUUAAUUCCGUACGAUAUAAAUCAUACGCUGUGUGGUGGUGAUAUAACAAAUUGAUCCAUUAAGUAGUCUUCGAGACGAGUGGUGUCGAAUGUGAAUAAGUACCAAACAGAUCGAAUGCAUAAUUAAGUUUUAUUCAUAAAUGUCACGAAUGAACCGAUGCUUGUUGUCGAAGUCAUGAACAGAGGGAAAAAAUACUGUACUGACACCAAUUAACACCUGUACACCAAAUGUAUCUAACGAACGCAACAUUGAAUGUACUGCGUCAGUGCUGAAGUUAUUAGACGGCAAAUGUGAAUAUUUUAGGGAAGUGAAUUGAAUACGUUGUUGUGUAUUUGCUGUCAAGUCAUCUGGAAUGGGAAAUUCUUAGAACAAUUGUGUCAGCGUCUAUUUUAAGCGCGAUACGCGACAACACGAACGGAGCAUUUCACGUUAAACGACGUUUAUGUCAGACUACACUUAAUUUAUAUUCAUAUUUUUAGUAAACUUGUUGGCCGGAUUUAUGUGCGGUAUUUGAAUACAAGCAACAAAAAGCAAAAUAACUAAAUUAUCAUUCUAUCUUGACAAACGGGAAUUACAACUGUAAUAAAAUAGCAUCGAAAAGAAAAACAACAUUAGUAUAUUGAGUGUGAUGAUAUUUUUGAAAAUGAUAAGAAAUUAAGUGACAAUGUUUACGGUUUAAGCAAAGAGACGAUACUCGAGUGUUGAUUAAAAAUUAUUUAUCAAAACCAAUUCUUCCGAAAAACAAAAACAGAAAACCAAAUUCACACAGACGAGUGCAAAAUAAUUCCAAACAAUGUAUUGGCUGGCACAUAUCGAAGGUGGACCACGUAGGGUCAAUCAUACGGCCGUUGCGAUUGGCGAUUUUAUUUAUAGCUUCGGUGGUUAUUGUAGCAAUGAAGACUACCGUUUGCUCAACACAAUCGAUGUGCAUAUUUUGAAUACACAAAAUUUACGAUGGUCACAGGUGCCGUCGAGGAAAAAUGAACAAUAUCCAGAAGUACCAUUCCAACGUUAUGGACACACAUCGGUUGCAUACGAACACAAAGUGUACAUGUGGGGCGGUCGAAAUGAUGAAACUGGUUGCAACAUCCUAUUUUGCUUUGACACACAAACAUUGCGAUGGUCUAAGCCAGAGGUAACGGGCGACAUCCCAGGUGUUAGGGAUGGUCAUAGUGCUUGCAUCAUUGAUCAUUAUAUGUAUAUUUUCGGAGGCUUUGAAGAGGAAAUCAAUCAAUUUUCAUGCGAUGUUCACAAAUUGAACUUGAAAACGAUGCACUGGUCAUACAUACGAACAAGUGGACAACCGCCGAGCUAUCGUGAUUUUCACACCGCUACCAUUUUGAACAAUCGAAUGUACAUUUUUGGUGGUCGCGGUGACACCCACAGUCCAUAUCAUUCGCAAGAAGAAAUCUAUUGCUCACAAAUCGUUUACUUAGACCUCAGGACGUGUGAAUGGAAACAUCCAAACACAACCGGUACAAUUCCCCUCGGUCGACGUAGCCAUUCAGCAUUUGUGUACAAUAAUUUGUUGUACAUCUUUGGCGGAUACAACGGCAUCAACGAUCAGCAUUUCAAUGAUAUGUACUGCUUUGAUCCGGAUAAGAAUCGUUGGAGUUCGAUGAAAAGCAGAGGAAUCGUUCCCAAACCACGUCGUCGACAGGUGUGUCUAGUCAUUGACAAGCGAUUGUAUCUCUUUGGAGGCACCAGUCCAUCCGAAAGUCCGACAAUGCGCGGAGGUCAUGGGCAGAAAUUACUUGAUUACAGCGAUACACAUGUGCUGGACUUCGAACCAAACCUCAAGACUUUGUGUCUUAUGUCAGUCAUCGAAAGCAAUUUAGAUCAAACGUAUCUGCCGCAAGACAUCAGAUGGGAGAUCCGGACAAUGACAACAGCCAAUAACAUCAGUCGGCCGCUAAACAACACCGGAUAAGUAGCAUUCAGAAUCCAUACGAUCAUCGUCAUUAGAUACAAAUCACCACAAAGGAUAUAAAAACAUUGGGCCAGGCCUAGUAGAAUAAAGAUUUCGUUACCAAGAACAAUGACAUCUGAAACAAAAUGAUCUUGACUUUAUUGUAGAGCAACUCUGUCACAAUAAUAAGUGAAUUUACUCGAAUUUAACCUUUUGCAUUCAAACAUUUCAUUUUCACUGCAAAAAAACAAAUUGCUGAAACAAUGGAUUUCCAAAGGAAUUGCUAUAUAAAUAUUAAUAGUUACAAAGAGAAUACGAUUUGUUAUUAUACAGAAGCAUUUUCUAUCAAGCUAAACACAGCGACAGUUAUGACAUCUAUUUCAAAAGUGGCAUCAUUACUUUUUGAACACGAGUGCGCCAUAGAAUAUCAGUUACCACGGUACACAUUAUUAUAUAAUUGUCAUUCAAUCACCGCAGCUAUUGGAGAAAAAAUUAAUCACAUGAAAUAUUCUGUGUCUAGUUCAAUAUCGAUAUGAUUAGAAACGAUUCAUUUAUAUGCUUUCUCUUUUGAUCUUUUAAAAUAUUGUGAUCAUAAAUUUGAAGAGCAAUAUUCAAGAGAUGAACCACCAAAAAAAUCAAGCGUUGAAUGUCGAUAUCAUCGAAGUGUGGAGAACGAAAUAUAUGUGACUCUUUGAAUAACAACCACAAAAAGAAAUCGUUGUUUAUUGCCAACACGAUUUCCAGUGCAUAAUUUUUUCUUCACCUCUUGAUAGCACACAAUUGUAGUUUACAUAUGAUAGGACGUAGCUUGACGUUCGUGGAAAUAACAUAAAUUUUUUAUCAUUAUAUCCUAGGGGAAUAUCACGCUUAAAUUAUUUCAAAUAUUUCAAGAAAAUUCAAUUUAUCUCUAAGAAUCUGUCGUAUGAAAUAUGGUGGAUAUUUGUGAAUACGGCGGACAAUUGUGGAUUUUUGUGAUUAUGAAUGAUAUUUAAAUGUAUUUUUCCGGAUUUAAUGCAAAAAAUCUCAAAUAUCUCCAAAAUCCACAAAAAUCUGAUUUAUUUAUUCGAAAUAUUCGAAAAUAUGUCAUACAAUUGAUGUUUAUUUCAAAUAUCUCAAAUAUCUCACAAGAUUCAGGAGCGUGAUAUUCCCCUAGAUUAUAUCAUUAUUAUUGAUUCAAUAAUAAACUCAAUGAGCAUUUGAUUUAAGAGCCCCAGCAAUAUAAUACGUGUGAGUUUACUCAUCAAUUAUAAUUAAGUUGUAUUUUAAUAAAAAGAAGCAGAAAAAAACAACAUAAAUGCCCCCGCAUACAUUGAUGUGAACUUGAAAACUACGUUACAACCUACUAUAAAACCAUAUUAAUCAAAUUUAACGGAAAACAAAAAGAAGAAGAAAUAUAUAAUCUGUGUUAGACUAAAAUGGCCAGACGGUAAUUGUUACAACAGAAAAACAUUUAUUAUAUAAAAAUGUUUAUUUUUGUAAAAUAUCUGAAAAUAAAUUAACAAAAUAUGUAUACACUA